AUGGGCUGGGAUGACAUAAACUUACAUGCUACCAUCACCCCCCUGUCCUUCUCAGCACCUGAUGAGCCUCCUUGCAACCCAACCCCUGAGAGCUACCUCAUCCGGCUGCCCCACGACUGCUUCCAGAAUGCCACCAACUCCUUCUACUACGAUGUGGGCCGCUGUCCUGUGAAGACAUGUGCGGGGCAUCAGGAUAACGGCAUCCGGUGUCGGGAUGCAGUGGAGAACUGCUGUGGCAUCUCCAGAAUGGAAGAGCGGGAGAUCCAGUGCCAUGGGUACACACUGCCCACCAAGGUGGCCACGGAGUGCAGCUGCCAACGGUGUGCAGAGACCCGGAGCAUCGUGAGGGGCCGGGUCAGUGCUGCGGACAAUGGCGAGCCCAUGCGCUUUGGCCACGUGUACCUGGGGGGCCAUCGUGUGAGCAUGACGGGCUACAAGGGUACCUUCACCCUCCAUGUCCCCCAAGACACGGAGAGACUGGUGCUCACGUUCGUCGACAGGUUGCAGAAGUUUGUCAAUACGACCAAAGUGCUCCCCUUCAACCGGAAGGGGAGUGCUGUAUUCCAUGAGAUCAAGAUGCUUCGCCGGAAGGAGCCCAUCACUUUGGACGCCAUGGAGACCAACAUCAUCCCCCUGGGAGAGGUGGUGGGCGAAGACCCCGUGGCUGAACUGGAAAUCCCAUCGGAGGCUUUCUACCGACAGAACGGGGAGCCCUAUACGGGCAAAGUGCAGGCCAGCGUGACCUUCCUGGACCCCAGGAAUAUUUCCACAGCCACAGCUGCCCAGAGCGAUCUGAACUUUGUCACGGAUGAAGGGGACACGCUGCCCCUUCGUACAUACGGCAUGUUCUCCGUGGACUUCAGAGAUGAGACCACAUCUGAGUCACUUAAUGCUGGCAAAGUCAAGGUGCACCUGGACUCCACCCAGGUCAAGAUGCCGGAGCACGUGCCCACCAUGAAACUGUGGUCACUCAACCCAGACACGGGGCUGUGGGAGGAGGAAGGGGAUUUCAAAUUUGAAAGCCAAAGGAGGCACAAAAGGGAAGAGAGAACUUUCUUGGUGGGUAACAUGGAGAUACGUGAGCGACGCCUCUUUAACCUGGACGUCCCAGAAAGCCGAAGAUGCUUCAUUAAAGUGAGAGCCUAUCGGAGUGAGAGGUUCUUGCCCAGUGAGCAAAUUCAAGGUGUCGUCGUCUCCGUGAUCAAUCUGGAGCCCCAAACUGGCUUCUCAUCCAACCCCAGGGCCUGGGGUCGCUUUGACAGUGUCAUCACAGGCCCCAAUGGGGCCUGUCUGCCUGCCUUCUGUGAUGACCAAACCCCAGAUGCUUAUUCUGCCUAUGUCCUGGCAAGCCUGGCUGGGGAGGAACUAGAAGCAGUGGAAUCUUCUCCUAAAUUCAACCCCAACGCGAUCGGUGUCCCUCAGCACUACCUUCACAAGCUCAAGUACCGCCGGACGGACCACGAAGAUCCAAGAGUUAAAAAGACAGCUUUCCAGAUCAGCAUGGCGAAGCCAAGGCCCAACUCUGCUGAGGAGAGCAAUGGACCCAUCUAUGCCUUUGAGAACCUCCGGGCCUGUGAAGAGGCACCCCCGAGUGCAGCCCACUUCCGCUUCUACCAGAUCGAGGGAGAUCGCUAUGAUUAUAACACCGUCCCUUUCAAUGAAGAUGACCCCAUGAGCUGGACUGAAGACUAUCUGGCAUGGUGGCCCAAGCCAAUGGAAUUCAGGGCGUGCUAUAUCAAGGUGAAGAUUGUAGGACCCCUGGAGGUAAAUGUCCGGUCUCGAAACAUGGGGGGCACCCACCGGCAGACAGUAGGGAAGCUGUAUGGAAUCCGGGACGUGAAGAGUACAAGAGACAGGGACCAGCCGAAUGUCUCAUCCGCCUGUCUAGAGUUCAAGUGUAGUGGGAUGCUCUAUGAUCAGGACCGUGUGGACCGCACACUGGUCAAGGUCAUCCCCCAGGGCAGCUGCCGUCGAGCCAGUGUGAACUCCAUGCUGCAUGAGUAUCUGGUCAACCAUCUUCCAUUGGCGGUCAACAAUGACACCAGUGAAUACACCAUGCUGGCACCCCUGGAUCCACUGGGCCAUAACUAUGGCAUCUAUACUGUCACCGAUCAGGACCCUCGCGUGGCCAAGGAGAUUGCACUCGGCCGGUGUUUCGAUGGCACGUCUGAUGGCUCCUCCAGAAUCAUGAAGAGCAAUGUGGGCGUGGCCCUCACCUUUAACUGUGUGGAGAGGCAGGUGGGCCGCCAGAGUGCCUUUCAGUACCUCCAGCCCCCGGCUGCAGGCACCAGCCAAGGAAGAGUGCCCUCUUCCAGGAGGCAACAGCGGGCAAGCAGGGGUGGCCAGCGCCGGCGAGGAGAGGUGCCUCCCCUGAGAUUUUCUGGAGUUGCUCAGCAGCCUCUGAGCAACUAAGCAUUGUGGUUUCUUCAUCCUCCUCAUGCCCCCACCCCCACCCCACCUCAUGUGAGAUUGAUGGACAGCGCCUUAAUUUAAACUCAUCUGUUUUGGUGCGAUUUGCUUCUUGGUUUUGUUUUGUUUUGUUUCCUCGCAUCUCAUUACUUACUGUCCUUGUCUCUUGGUUCUGAUUGGCACAAAAUAACAAGAACACAAAAUAAAGACCCUUUGUGCCUUUUUUUUUUUUCAAAGAGAAACACAAAAGUUGGGCACUGAUGGCUCACACCCAUAAUCCUAGCUACU